AUGCAUUCUACUCCUCAUUCGACAGCUCAUUCCACUCCUCAUUCUACACCACAUUCAACACCCCAUUCUACACCACGUUACACAAUUUCUCCAUCAGCAUCAAUUGCUCCAGCCAUUUCAUCAGUUAACCUCGGUGAAAACUCCACGGAAACAAUGAAUAUCAUUACUGGCACACAGACCAAGAAGAAGAAUUGGCUUCCUAUCAUCAUUGGUGCUAUUGUUGGCUUCCUUCUUUUGGCUGCAAUCAUCGCAUUCCUCAUCUUCUGGUUCAAGAAACGCGAGGAGAGCUCUGAUGAUUCAAUCUGUGAGAUGCAGGAAGAAACAGUAAUCAAUUACAACAUGACAGAAGGAGCAACAAUUACUAAUGAUAACCCAUUGUGGAAGACAUCUAUCACUCUCGAUAUCUCUGACGAUCCAUUCAAGAACGACUUCGAAGAAGCUGAAGCUGCUGAAGAUUUCUUCGCCGUCAGAGAGAAAUUCCUCGAUGAAAAUUAA